AUGCGGAUUUCUCUUAUCCACACGACUCUAGUCCUCUUGACCGUUUUACACUCAGUCAGCGCCCUCCCCGGGUUUUUAGAUGGCUGGUUUUCAUUUCUUGGUUUUGGUCAGUUUUACUUGAGUCGCCUCCUCCCUUUCACUUCCUUGAUAUUCAACCGAUUUGAUUUAUCAGCCAAGGAUACUGAGAAGAAUGUUGAGCAUUUCGCCAAAGUGGUCGGCGUGAAAGCCGUGGAAUUCAAGAAAGAGGCCAGCCAUACGGUUGUGGGAUUCGCCAACGUGGUCGGUGAAGAGGUUGCCCGCCUCGCUGGCGUGGUUGUACACGAUGUUGACGCUGUCGCCAACAAGACAAUAGUGGAGUUCAAGGAAUCCAUCACUGAUGUCGUUUUCAAGGUGCAAGCAAUGGAAUAUGACAUGCACGAUGAUCUAGAGGAACAUGGGGUCAGUUCCGAUCGCAUAUUCGACAUGUUCUCCGCCCAAAUGGCGUCCAUGUUUGAAGACCUAAAGGCAGAGUUUCACGAACCCCUCCCGGAACUGCAGACCGCUGCGUAUAAGGACCGGGCUGUAAUAGUGGGUCGCUUCUUGGACAUGGUGGAGGAUGAGUUUGUCACGGUUAGCGCUUUGUGGCAUAUGUCAGAAAGUGAUGCCCGAAAGAGCUUUGCUACCAUCAAACCCGCGUUUAGUAGUGUCAUUCUCAUCACUGUCAACCUGAUCAUAAACCAUCCUGAUUUAUUCAUCUCUAUCGCUUUGCUCCUAAUUCCUGAAAACUGGUUUCUUGGCCCGUUGUUGAGAUUAUUUGGUUUUGGUCCCUUGGGGCCAGUCAAAGGAUCUGCUGCUGCGUGGUUACAGGGGCAACUGUGGGGAGGUGCUAUCAAGGAGGGGAGCUGGUUUGCCAUACUCCAAUCUGCGGGGAUGAAAAUGGCCCUGUAA